CGCAUGUGAUUUCUGUAGAGGUAGUUCGAUCCACACGAAAGCAAAUUGUGGCGAAUUCAUCAUCUGAUUCUGUCCUCUUCCUCCUCCUUGAUUCCUUUAUCGAAUCCAUUGAAUUGAAGCUCCAAAGCGAACCUCUUUAAUGGCAGUAGAAGAAGCGAGAAAGAAGAUCAUCAUCGACACCGACCCUGGCAUCGAUGAUGCCAUGGCUAUAUUUCUGGCUCUGCAAUCGCCGGAACUUGAUGUGAUCGGGCUAACAACUAUCUACGGCAACGUUUACACCACUCUUGCUACUAGAAAUGCUCUGCAUUUGCUGGAGAUUGCUGGAAGGACCGACAUCCCUGUGGCUGAAGGAUCUCAUAUCACAAUCACUAAAGGUACAAAGCUUCGAAUUGCUGAUUUUGUACAUGGAUCGGAUGGACUUGGUAACCAAAACUUUGAACCCCCAAGUGGGAAGCCAAUUGGACAGUCAGCAGCAUCUUUUCUAGUCGAGCAAGCUAAACUUUAUCCAGGACAGGUGACUGUUGUGGCCCUUGGUCCCCUUACAAAUAUUGCCCUGGCUAUUCAACUAGACGACACAUUUGUCAAAAACGUAGGACAGAUUAUCCUUUUAGGUGGUGCUUUUGCUGUAAAUGGAAAUGUAAAUCCAGCAUCUGAGGCUAAUAUUUUCGGUGACCCUGAUGCAGCAGAUAUGGUUUUCACUAGUGGAGCAAACAUUUUGGCCAUUGGGAUAAAUGUUACCCAUCAGGUUAUUUUGACAGAUGCUGAUCGCGAUAGGAUGGCGAAAAGUGGUGGAAAACUUGCCCAGUACCUGUGCAAGAUAUUGGAUGUUUAUUUCGCAUACCAUCAUGAUGCUUAUAACAUAAAAGGUGUUUAUCUUCACGAUCCAACGACCAUUCUGGCAGCUGUUAAUCCUUCCCUAUUCACAUUCGCUGAGGGUGUAGUCAGAGUUCAGACAGUUGGAAUCUCAAGAGGCCUCACAUUAUUUUACAACAAACAGAAAAGGUUUGCGGAAGUUACUGAAUGGUCUGACAAGCCCUCUGUCAAAGUUGCGGUUACUGUCGAUGCUGCUGCUAUCAAUGAGUUACUCAUGGAGAGGCUUAUGCAUUCAUAGACCAAAAUUAAUGUAUUUACAUCCAUCCUAAAUAAUUUGAAAACUACCUUGAUUGAACAAAAGAAAAUCUUUUUAUAUUACAAGACUUUUCACACUGCGUA